AUGCAAUCAAAUCCUGUAACUACGAUCAAAAUGUAUUAUAAUUCAAUGCCACUUUCAUAUUUCGAAUUUCCAUUAAGUUCUAAUCGAACACACUUUUUGUCCUGUUCAGACAAUUUCAAAAUGUCCAAUGUCAAAGAACAUAUUGCUCGUCUAUAUACAAAUUAUAAUGAUAAUAAUAAUAUUGGCAUCAUUACAUCAAUGGAUAAUGAGACGAAUUUUACAAUCAAUCAUCCUAUUUUAAUAAGUGUUCUUGUUCUAUUAUUACUUAUUAUGACCAUUUUGAUUAUUUAUUUAAAACGGUAUUCAGUUCGUCGUCAACAAAAUGAAGAAAAUGAAUGUGAUUCUUUCGAUGAUAAUGAAAAGAUUUAUGCCACUAUUAAUAAUAAAUAUGAUAAAUCAGUCAUAUUAUCAUUUAACAAUGAACCAAGUGAAUAG